GGGAGGGAGGAAGAAGACAGACAAGGCUUUGCCUGCUGCCAUCCAGACUGGCACCAUGGAGCCAAAGGCACCCCAGCCUCGGAGGAGAGAAGGGCUGGGAGAGGAGAGGCAGAAAGGAGCCUGUGGAGAAGGAGACACUAAGACGCACAGAGCCCCAGACUUGGUGCAAUGGACCCGACAUAUGGAGGCUGUGAAGACCCAGUUUCUGGAACAAGCACAGAGGCAGUUGGCAGAGCUGUUGGACCAGGCCAUGUGGGAGGCUGUGCAAGCUAAGCCCCAACAAAACAACCCUCCUCUCUCCACCAUCCCAGAUUCCAGGAGCAAGACCCGGGAGUUGCCCCCUGGGAAACGCAAAGUUUUCAUCAUCCGCAAGUCGCUGCUCGAUGAGCUGAUGGAGGUGCAACACUUCCGAACCAUCUACCACAUGUUCAUCGCAGGCCUCUGCGUCUUGAUCAUCAGUACCCUGGCCAUUGACCUCAUUGACGAGGGCAGGCUGAUGCUGGAGUUCGACCUCCUCAUCUUCAGCUUCGGACAGCUGCCCUUGGCGCUGAUGACGUGGGUUCCUAUGUUCCUGUCCACGCUGCUAGUGCCCUACCAGACCCUGCGGCUGUGGGCCAGGCCGCGCGCCGGGGGCGCAUGGAUGCUGGGGGCCGGCCUGGGCUGCGCGCUGCUGGCCGCCCACACCGCCGUGCUCUGCAUCCUCCCGGUUCACGUGGCGGUGAAGCGCCAGCUCCCGCCCGCCUCGCGCUGCGUGCUGGUCUUUGAGCAGGUCAGAUUUCUGAUGAAAAGCUACUCCUUCCUGAGAGAGACAGUGCCUGGAGUCUUCUGUGUCAGAGGAAAAGGUAUCUGCGCCCCCAGUUUCUCCAGCUACCUCUACUUUCUCUUCUGCCCUACACUCAUCUACAGAGAGACAUACCCCAGGACACCCAGCAUCAGGUGGAACUAUGUGGCCAAGAACUUCGCCCAGGCCCUGGGCUGUGUGCUCUAUGCCUGCUUCAUCCUGGGCCGCCUCUGUGUCCCGGUCUUUGCCAACAUGAGCCGGGAACCCUUUAGCACCCGUGCCUUGCUGCUCUCCAUCCUGCACGCCACAGGGCCAGGCAUCUUCAUGCUGCUCCUCAUCUUCUUCGCCUUCCUGCACUGCUGGCUCAACGCCUUCGCCGAGAUGCUGCGAUUCGGAGACAGGAUGUUCUACCGGGACUGGUGGAACUCCACUUCCUUCUCCAACUACUACCGGACCUGGAACGUGGUGGUCCACGACUGGCUGUACAGCUAUGUGUAUCAAGACGGGCUGUGGCUUUUGGGCAGGAGGGCCCGCGGGGUGGCCAUGCUGGGAGUGUUCCUGGUGUCCGCGGUGGUGCAUGAAUACAUCUUCUGCUUUGUCCUGGGCUUCUUCUACCCCGUCAUGCUCAUGCUCUUCCUCGUGGUCGGGGGACUGCUGAACUUCACCAUGAACGACCGUCACAGGGGUCCAUCCUGGAACGUCCUGAUGUGGGUCCUGCUCUUCCUGGGCCAGGGCAUCCAGGUCAGCCUGUACUGCCAGGAGUGGUAUGCUCGGCGACACUGUCCCUUGUCCCAGACAACGUUCUGGGGGCUGGUGACACCUCGAUCUUGGUCCUGCCACCCGUAGAGGUCAAGGCUCCAUGCUGUCAGAGCAUCAAGCUCUUCUCUACCUGCAAAGCCCGGGGCCGGGCCUCCGCCUACCCCACCCGGGGUCAGGACUUGCACUCAGGACCUGCCAGGGGCCACAGGGGCUCAGGCACACACGUCGGUGGGCAGCGACUGGAGCACCGCUCUCUGUGGGCUGGGCACAGCUUGUCGUCUUGCCCAUGGCUCUCCAGGUGUGAGGAGACUCAGAGGAACAAGGGCCACCCAAGUGUGACGUGCGUUUGGUUCCUUCCACCCUCACAAUGCAACAAUAAAACCUUUGUC